AUGUCUUUUUCAAAGCCCAGAUCUAAAGUGCCGCCUCUAACCAGACGCGAACUGGUUAAAACACAAAUAGCAAAAAGCAUCACGGAUUCUGUCAAAAGAAGCACAGAAGCAAGUGAUAUAAGAAGCUAUGAAGUGUUCUUAAGUUUUCGGGGACUAGACACUCGUGCAUCUUUUACCUCACAUCUCCAUGCUUCACUUCAGAACGACGGGAUCUCGGUUUUUAUGGACGAUGAUUCGCUUCAGAGAGGAGAUCAUAUUUCAACAUCACUGGUGAAAGCAAUAGAAGAUUCUCGAGUCUCUGUGAUUGUUUUUUCAACAAAUUAUGCAGAUUCGCGUUGGUGUUUGGAUGAGUUGGUGAAGAUAAUGGAGUGUCGCAGAACCAUAGGUCAGGUGGUGCUUCCUGUGUUCUAUGGCGUAGAUCCAUCUGAAGUUCGUCAUCAAACUGGUCAGUUUGGACAAGCAUUUCAAACUCUGUUGAACAGAAUGAAUCAGGAACACUCUUUAUCGCAGAAAUGGAGAGAUGCACUUCUUGAAGCUGCUGGUCUUGCUGGCUUCGUAGUUCUAAAUUCAAGGAAUGAAAGGGAGGCUAUCAAUCAUAUUGUUGAAAAAAUUACUCUUUUGCUUGAUAAGACCGACUUGUUUGUCGCUGAUAAUCCAGUGGGAGUUGAAUCCCGAGUGCAAGAUACGACUCAACAACUAGGCAUCGAACAAUCAAAUAAUGUUCUACUCCUAGGGAUGUGGGGUAUGGGGGGAACCGGUAAAACAACCAUUGCAAAAGCCAUUUACAACAAAAUUGGCCGCAAUUUCGAAGGUAGGAGUUUCCUUGCAAAUAUUAGGGAAACUUGGGAGCAAACUACUGAUAAAGUUUCUUUACAAGAACAACUUUUAUCAGAUAUCUUCAAAGAAACAACAACCAAGAUACAAAACAUUGAGUCUGGGAAACUUACAUUGAAGGAUAGACUCUGUCAUAAAAGAGUACUUCUCGUACUUGAUGAUGUGAAUAGUUUGGACCAACUAAAAGCUUUGUGUGGAAAUCGUGAAUGGUUUGGUCCAGGGAGUAGAAUAAUAAUCACAACCAGAGAUAAACAUAUACUUAGAGGGCUAAGAGUUGACAAAGUAUGUGCAAUGAGAGUAAUGGAUAAAAAUGAAUCAAUUGAACUUUUUAGUUUGAAUGCAUUCAAGCAACCGAGUCCUAUAAAACAGUUUGCUGAAAUUUCUAGAAAAAUUGUUGAGUACUGUGGGGGAUUGCCACUAGCUCUGGAAGUCCUUGGUUCCUAUUUGUUUGAAAGGGGAGUAAGAGAUUGGAAGUGUGUAUUAGAGAAAAUCAAAAUAAUUCCCAAUGAUCAAGUACAACGGAAGUUAAAAAUAAGCUAUGAUGGUUUAAGUGAUGAUACUGAGAAAGAAAUAUUUCUAGACAUAGCAUGUUUCUUUAUCGGGAUGGACCGAAAUGAUGUUAUACAAAUAUUAAAUGCAUGUGGACUUUUUGCAGAAAUCGGAAUAAGUGUGCUUGUUGAGCGAAGCCUAGUAACUGUUGAUGAUAAAAACAAACUUGGAAUGCAUGAUUUGUUACGAGAUAUGGGAAGAGAAAUCAUUCGUGAAAAAUCACCAAAAGAGCCUGAGGAACGUAGUAGGUUAUGGUUUCAUGAGGACGUGCUUGAUGUUUUAUCUGAUCGGAGUGGAACAAAAGCUGUUGAGGGAUUGGCUUUGAAGUUGCCAAUAGCUAGUUCAAAAUGUUUUAGUACUAAAGCAUUUAAGAAAAUGAAGAGACUCAGAUUGCUUCAACUUGUUGGAAUAAGACUUGAUGGCGAUUUCGAAUAUCUUUCAAGAAAUUUAAGGUGGUUAUGUUGGAAUGGAUUUCCUUUAACAUGCAUACCUUCAGAUUUUUAUCAACGAAAUAUAGUUUCUAUGGAGUUAGAAAACAGCAAUAUGAGAGUUGUGUGGAAAGAAACCCAGAGAAUGGAGAUGCUGAAAAUCCUAAACCUUAGUCAUUCUCAUCAUCUGAUGCAGACCCCAGACUUCUCAAAUUUGCCUAAUCUUGAAAAGCUAAUACUUGUAGAUUGUCCAAUGUUAUCUGAGGUUUCCAACAGCAUUGGAGAACUCAAUAAAAUUCUUUCAAUAAAUUUGGAAGACUGUAUUAACCUAUGUAACCUUCCAAGAAGCAUUUAUAAGUUGACAUCUCUUAAAACUCUAAUUCUCUCAGGGUGUUUAAUGAUUGACACGUUGGAAGAGGACAUAGAACAAAUGGAAUCUUUAACCACUCUGAUUGCAAAUAACACUGGAAUAACAAGGGUUCCGUUUUCUGUAGUGAGAUCAAAAAGCAUUGGCUAUAUUUCCUUGUGCGGCUAUGAAGGAUUCUCACGAGAUGUGUUUCCAUCUAUCAUUUGGUCUUGGAUGUCUCCAACAAAUAACUUUCCAUCCCAAUUUCAAACCUCUACUAUCAUGUCAUCUCUUGUUCCUCUUGAUGUGCCACAUAGUAGUUCCCAGGAGCUAUCAUCGAUUUCCAAGUAUCUUCCAAAUCUUAGAAGUCUUUGGGUGGAGUGCAGCUCGGAAGAUCAACUUUCUCUUGAUACAACAAUAAUUUUGGAGGCAUUGUGCACCACAAAUUCUAAAGAAUUGGAACCAACAACAACUACAUCACAAGUAUCAAAAAUUUCCUUGAAAUCUCUUUUCAUUCAAUUGGGAGUGAAUUGCCAAGUUACCAAUAUUUUGAAAGAGAAAAUUUUACAGAAUACGACUGUUGAUGAGAGUGGUGGUUGUGUGCUCCUGGAUGAUAGUUAUCCCGAUUGGUUAAGUUUUAAUUGUGAUGGUUCUUCUGUAAUUUUUGAAGUUCCUCAAGUAGAAGGGCAUAAUUUGAAGUCAUUGAUGUGCAUUGCCUAUUCUUCAACUCCGGAUAACAUAACAUCGGAUGGACUUAUAAGUGUGUUAGUGAAAAAUUACACAAAGGCCACCAUUCAGCUCUAUAAGAGAGAGACAUUAGCUUCCUUUAAGGAUGAGGAGGGGGAGAGACUAGUAUCAAGUAUAGAACCCGGAGACAGAGUGGAAGUUGUUGUUGUUUUUGAGAGUGGUUUCAUUGUGAAGAAAACAACCAUUUAUCUCAUUUAUGAUUAG